AUGGACCUGAGUCAACUGAACACAUUGAGAAAAGUCAGUUUCUGUUUUGAGACUCUCAAUAACUCUUGUGUGAAGACAAUUUAUGCCCCAGCUAUCAGAACACCCCUGUACAUUUUCUGUGCACUAACUAUCAUCUUAAUUGUGUGUGGCAACCUCCUGGUUAUUUGUUGCAUUGCCAGUUUCCAGAGGCUACACACACCAACCAACUAUCUCAUUCUCUCUCUAGCUGUAUCUGACCUCCUUUUGGGGGCAUUUGUAAUGCCUCCAGGGUUGGUGAGAUCUCUAGAAACCUGCUGGUAUUUUGGAGAUUUUUUUUGUAUGUUUCACUCCAGUGCUGAUUUUUCUUUGUGCAAUGCAUCAAUCCUUCACCUCACAUUUAUCUCCAUUGAUCGAUACUAUGCAGUAUGUAAGCCAUUGGAGUACCAAACCAAGUUUAACAACUGGGUCUCACUGGCUAUGAUUGCAAUGAGUUGGACUUUAUCCAUUGUCUUUGGUUUUGCCAUAACUUUUUCAGAUCUGAGAAUUGAGGGCAAAAAAGAUUUACAUGUGAAUUGCAAAGGGAGUUGUCUGGCAAUGCACGGCAGAGAAAUUGGAGUAGGAUAUUCCAUCAUUUUCUAUUUUAUACCUGUCACCAUCAUAAUAAGCAUUUACACAAAAAUUUUUUUCAUUGCUCAGAAACAUGCCAAGGUCAUCCAUAGUAUCACCUUGAAGGUUAACAUAAAUAAAAUGGCAGCUGGCAAAUUGGACAUGAAGGCCACCAAGACCCUUGCUGUUGUUAUCGGAGUGUUUCUGUCUUGCUGGACCCCAUUUUUCAUGUGUAAUAUCACAGACCCUCUUGUAGGACACUCAAUUCCACCUCUACUAUAUGAGAUAUUAAUGUGGUUAGCUUAUCUAAAUUCAAUGUUUAACCCUGUAAUUUAUGCUUUAUCUUAUAGCUGGUUCAGAGACGCCUCAAAAACACUAUGGAAUAAGUUAUUCAAUCAGAUAUAA